AUGUCGCUCUCCCAGUCGGAUGUGACGGACAUCAACAGCCUCUCGCGCUUCCUAUCAUGCCCGCAAGUCUCCUCGCUUUACAGCUGUCCCGCGGUUGAUGUCAUUGCCUUGUGCGGCAACGCGAUCCUGUCCAUUGCCGAUCAUGUCUUCUCAGCGUUGGAAGCGCGCCCAGAUCUCGCCAAAGUCCUCGUUAUCACCGGCGGAAUCGGACAUUCUACUCGGUUCCUCUAUGAAGCUGUUCGAGCCCACGGCAAGUACCGUCGUCUGGCCGAUAGGAUUGAUGGACUCCCCGAGGCUGCCGUUUUUGAGCUGAUCCUCACGGAGUAUUACCCCAAACUCGCGGAACAAACCCAGUCGGGCCAAAUGCAAUGCAUUAUUGAACCCAAUUCGACGAACUGUGGAGCCAAUGCCAUCGAGACGCGCCGAAUGCUAGAGUUACACUCAGUCCCUACACCCAGAUCUUGUAUCGUUGUUCAGGAUCCUACAAUGUCGCUACGCACCCUCGCCGCCUUUCAGCUAGCUUACCAAGACGUCGAGCCUUGUCCGGAAUUUCUCGCCUGUCCAACUUUCAUCCCUGUGGUCUCUCGUGACGAAGAUGGCACUAUACACAUCAGGGCAGACGACAAUCACUCAACCUCAAAUAUAGAGUCUGCAGGCCUUUGGGAGAGCAAUCGUUUCUUUGACCUAUUGAUGGGGGAAAUCCCCCGGAUACGGGACGACGAGAAUGGGUAUGGCCCGAAAGGAAAAGGCUUCAUUGUUCACGUUGAUAUUCCAGAAGAAGUGGAGGCUGCAUGGGAGCGGCUCAGAAACGUAUUGCUCUUCAAACGGUGA